CAUAGCUGUGACCAUUUUCCUACCCCCCCCCCCCCUGGAGCCUUAAGGUACAUUCAAUUCGUCGUGGCCAGUUUUCAAUUCAAAAACAAGAAAAGACAGUACUAAUACUUUGAUACUAACAACACCCCCUAGGCAUAGCCAGAUGCAAACCUCUCCGAAGUCAAGACAAGCCUCAACCGCAAGCCUGAUACAUCUAAAGAGCGGCUAUCUUGGUACAGCUACGAGUGAACGGUCGGCGACUGUUUUUGAGCCAGGUCAAAAUGCUAUCUCUACCCUCUUGCAGCCACCGAUCGUGCGAAGCGGACUUGAACCUCACUCAUUUACGCCGCCUUCGAGCUUGUAUAACACGCCAACUACACGCGAUAUCCCCUCGGUGGCUCUGACGAAUAUACAGCACAUCGAAAUUGCGGAGUUUAAGCCGUAUAUAUCACAAGUUGGUGCACUAUAUGAGCAGCUGCAUGGAAUAAAAGACAGUGAGAACGAAGUGCGGACAAAGCCAGAAAGCAAUACGGAUUUUGGUAGUCCCGACGCCCAGUCUACUCGUAAGGGCUCUAUCACGUCCAUCACGUCGAUGGACAUACCGUUCAAACGCCCAUUUCACCGACGAGGAAGCGGUAGCCUUAGUUGGAGAAGCAACUACGCUCCACCACCACUUGCUGUAAUCCCCAGCAUAUACUUCGACGAGCACUUUCAUCUCGAAAACCCAAGAACAUUCCAUGUUGUCAGCGAGCGAUCCGACAUUGUUCCCCCAGACCCAACGAUUCAGAAAGCAAGCGAUGAGAACGUUACGCAGCCAAGAAAAGUCUUAGCUACGAAUGCGAUUUUGCAGGAGAAGCUUUCAUGGUACAUGGAUGUAGCGGAAAUGCAUCUGAUUGACUCUAUUUCUACGGCUUCAGUUACUUUCUUAUCUGCUCUUAAUUCUUUAAAAGAGCUUCACUGGGAAGCGACAGAAUUUGUUGAGCAUAUCAGUUCUUUGCGCAAGGACUUAGGCUUAUUAAAUGAUAGCAUGGUUACUGGCGGUCUUCAACUCUUACAGAAACAACGUAGGCAUCACAAUCUGCAACAGCUGCAUGAUGCUGUGCAGCAGUUGAAGCGUGUUGUGGAUGCAGUUGGCUAUUCCGAGUCCUUAGUCGACAAAGGAGAUGUUGAAAAGGCUCUUACGGAGAUUGAUGCUAUUGAGCUGCUGAUGAGUGGCGAACGCGAUGAGAUAUCUGGGACUACAGCAUCACCAAUAUCCCGGCUUCGGGACUUACGUGGGGCCACGUUACUUCAAAGUGUGGCCGGUGACCUGACUAUUCUCCGUUGUCGGAUCGGUAAGGUGUUUGAGGCUCAGGUUCAUAGUCUGCUUAUUGAUGACCUCCGGCGGCAUGUUCAGUCUAUAACGAUAGAGGAAGUUCUCUCUAGGUGGGAGGCCUCGUCACUACGGGCAAAGGGAGGUAGUGCUCGAGAACUUUCAACAUUUCCAGCUUAUAUGGGCAUGACUGAUGAAUUUCGCACCGCCCUUUCUCCUAACAUUUCUGGGCUCUACCGAUCAAGAUCUAUCGCAACAGCUAUCUUAGCAUACCGGGAAUUAGUGCUCAAAGAAAUUCGAAAUAUAGUGCGCAGGCCACUCCCUCCUUCAACCGAAGAUGCAGAAUCUGUUAUGUCGGCAUCAACUGUGGGUGAUGGCCGUAGUCGCCCAAGUCAGGAGAGGUCUUCCAUCCUCGCUCGGAAUAUCCGUGCUCUUAACGCAGAAGAUGCGGAAAGUUUAUUUUCGUCCAUCUUCAUUGGCGUUACAGAGACGCUUAGGCGAGUGAAGACUCAAUCAAGCAUCCUUUUGGAUCUUGCCUGUACCUCCGAAAAUACUGAUACCGAAGAUAUCGCUAAAGCGCCUAUCACAGAGUUACAGGAGGAGAUACACAAUUCAUUUGAUGUCUCAAAUCUCUUGGGUCACGCAGUGGAUGUCGGCUUCGAAAAAAUUAUCAAGAUUCUUCAAGUUCGAUCUAAGCAAACUAUAAACUUGCCACUGCCUUCCUUUCUCUGCUACUUCACCCUCAAUCUUCUUUUUACUAAUGAAUGUGAAGCUAUCUCUGGACGAGCAGGAACGUCACUAAAAACUGUUGUUAAUGACCACAUUCUGAGCUAUAUCACGGCCUACGGAGAUAGGGAAAAUAAGAUUCUUGCCGACGGAAUGAGUUCUGAUGACUGGCAAGAUAAGGACUUUACCGCUAGAGACAACGAGAUUUUAGAGCUAGUUCUGCAAUGUAGCACGUCGGACCCGCCAGAAUGGACCGAGAUGAGCAAGAUCUGGUCCCUUUCGCGGGAGGGGGCCAUGUCAAACGUGACCAAGGAUAGCGAAGUAAAGGACAAGGCUCGACCUGCCACUAUCGAUGAGGAGAAAUUCUUGCUCCCUUCCUCCGCCAUCCUCUGCCUCGAAGGAAUAUCAAAUUUCCUCCGCCUAAUAGGCGGUAUUCCAUCCAUGACGCCUGAUAUCACCGCGUCACUCAUAUCAUACCUGCAGACGUUUGACUCUCGAUGUCGCCAACUCAUCCUCGGCGCCGGCUCUAUACUAUCUGCUGGCCUUAGGAAUAUCUCGACAACAAAUCUAGUAGUGGCGUUACAGGCGGUAACAUUUAUCGCUACCAUCGUCCCGUAUAUUCGCGAGUUUGUACGGCGCCACGCGCCAGCCGGCCGGCCAAACGCGAACCUUGUAGGCGAAUUCGACAAAGUACGGCGUGCCCUCCAGGAGCACCAGGAGAGUAUCUACGAAAAACUGGCGGACAUCAUGGCGUCGCGAGCACGCAUCCACUCCAAAAAGGCACGUGAGAUUGAGUGGGACAGUGAAAAGGCCGAAAACGUACGAAGUUAUAUUGUCGACCUGACCGGAGACACUACUAAGCUAUAUAAGGCACUCAGUAAGCGCCGGCCAGCAUGGGUGGUAGCGCAGGUGAUGGCGCCGGUGUUCUCCGGCUACAGAGAGCAACUAGGACACGUGUUUAAGGAGGCAACUCUGAAGACUGAGGCUGGUCGUGAUUGUAUGUUUCGUGAUAUCCGCUACCUUAGCGACAAGUGUGGCAAGGUCGAGGGCUUUAGCGACUUGGGUGAAUCGCUUUUAAAGAUUAUUGAAGACAAGGAGAUAUAGAACUUAUAUCGUCGUUCCUGCGCAGGGUCAGAAAUAGAGUAAUAGACUGGAGACCUUUGGUUUAUAAUAGAUAACUAACUAUACUAUCUUUAAUAUAAUUUAAGGAAACUUAAGUUAUUUUUUAUAUAAUAAGAAAUAUUAUUCAGGUUUCUACUCGACAAUUGCUGAGUCCAAUAAAAUUACUGAUUAAUUGAACUUUCAGACGUAGA